CUCUCUCUCUCUCUCUCUCUCUAGCCAGUGCCUGCCUAGUUUUCCUCACUCAAAUUCGUUAUCCCCUUUCUCUCUCCUCUGCUGAGAGUAAUGGGUCUGAGCCCUCGUUACUCUUACACCCCCCACAGCAACAUUAUGCAGCUCACCACCACUUUUUUCCGUCACAAACCUUGAGAUUCAUUCUCUUUAUUUUCUCUUCUCGCUCAUCCACAGUGAUUCUUAUCCCCCUUGAAAAAGUGAUUAUCUACUGAAGUUUCCUUGGAAAAAGUUUCAAUCUUUUUCAGCAAAUUAGAAAAAUAAAAAAAGUUCAUGGAGGUUUACAAUGAUUCUCCCAGGGUUACUGUUCAGUUAAAGAGUGAAAAGAUUCCUUCUGAAAUUCUUGAUUCUGCUCUGUGGGCUCCGAAUGCUUCCUCUUUUCAUGCCUCUGCAUCUAUGGUGAACUUUGAAGACGAAAACAACACAGGUACACAUUUUUUCAUGAAAAUGGAGAACAAGAUGGAAACUUGCAAUGAUGGUUAUGACGAUUGCUAUCACUCGACGGGGAGGAAAAGGCGGCUCACUACAGAUCAAGUCCAUUUUCUCGAGCAAAGCUUCGAGCUGGAAAAUAAGCUCGAGCCUGAGAGGAAAAUCCAGCUGGCCAAGGAACUUGGUUUGCAGCCAAGACAAGUCGCGAUUUGGUUCCAGAACAGAAGGGCUAGGUACAAAACCAAGGUUCUCGAGAAAGAAUACGAUAAGCUUAAAGCUAGCUAUGAUGGGCUGAAGGUAGAUUACGACAACCUUUGCAAAGAGAACGACAACUUGAAAAAUGAGGUGGACUCGCUGACUGAGAAAUUGCUCACAAGAGAAAACAAACAGGCCAAGCCUGAACCAACCGAUCACGACAUUAGUCCAACAGAUUCAGCAUCAAAGCAACUGAUUUUCUCUCCAAAUGCUGUCAAAAAUACCGAAUUGGCUGCCCCCUGCAAACAAGAAGAUGCCUCGAGCUCGGACGUGUUUGACUCGGAAAGCACAAACUGCCAUCAUUCACUGGCGCCAUUGGAGCCUGCUAACUCGUCCAACGUUUUCGGGCCAGAGGCUUCUGAUUUCUCUCAAGAAGAAGAUGACGAGAGCCUGAGCAGGAACCUGUUGAUGGCAUCGGUUUUCCCAAAGAUCGAGGAUGAAUUUUACGAUGAUUUGCAGCCGAAUUCGUGCAAUCUGGGGUUUCCUGUUCAGGAUCAGGGGACAUGGCUGUGGCAGUAUUGAGUUUCCAUGGUUCAGGUGUUAAAAUGGGUUGGGAUUUUGUUUGGUUUGGGAUUUGAUGUUGUUUUUGUGUACUACUUUUGCCAGGAUCUUGUGUUAAUAGCGAAGGGGGUUUGAUUAAUAAUAUGAAGGUUUAUUAUUAGGUAUUUCUCUUGCAAGAAAUUAAUAAUAUUAGGGUUGAGGGAUUUGAAAUCCCUUGAU